AUGCAACACCUUAAGCCAUGGCGAGCUCUGCUCCUUUUAACCGUGCUGUGCCAACCAGGAACCUCAGACAAAUACGGUUGCCUGUUUGAGAGAAAGCUGUGCACAUGGGAUCAGAUCUGCUCAGAUGAUGGGUUGUUUGGUCAGUGUCGUAUCUCUAAGCAGGACCAGGUCCAGUACCAAGUGUCAGUUCCUGUUCUGAAGAGGAUGCAGGAAGUCCUCAAACAGCUCAUGCUGCAAGGUUUUUCCUGGCAAGACGACAUCACCCAGUAUAUUUUAUCAAAGGAGCUGAAGAGAGUUCCCCAUACCACCCACCCCGCUAAGCCAAACUCAUCUUCCUCCUCUUCUCAUUCGUCUCAGUCCAAACAGCACAUCUCCCAGCACCACAGUUCUAAGUCGGGGUCCACACCUCCUGGUGGCAACUAUGUGGACUACAUGAUUGUCGAGCCUCCUCAGUCCCCUCUACGCAUGCAGACAGCCUCCAUGGACCCAUACACAUACCACCAGCAUAGGUACCAAGAUGAAGAAGAGAGAUCUCUCAUUGGGGCAGGAGGCAGUUAUGCCCGCCCCUCUUCAAGGUCCCAGGCCAAUCAGAGAGAGCGAGACAGACAGCUGUUACAGGAAGCCUUGUCUCUCUACCUGGCGUCUGCCCAGCCUUCUUAUCGCCACCGAGGGGCCACUUCCAUGGCUUCUGCAGGUAUGCCUUAUUAUGACGUGGACCUGGAGAUACCAGUGGACUAUGUGGAAGACUACACCCUAGAGGAGAGACUUGGAACUGCUGGCCGACAACAACCACUGCAGAAUAAAAAAGUUCCUCAGGAAUUCAGAACUCUGUCUGGAAACAAUGAUGGCCUGCUCCAGAGGAUGUCAGGAGUCCUGCAGAGGUACGGAGUUGACCCCAGAGAGCUCAGUCAAGAGCAGCUCUACAAGCUAGCCCUCAUUUUGCAGCUGCUGCAGGCCCAAGAAAAAACAGACCCAAUUGAAAAAGACCUCAUCACCCUCAAGGAGAUGCAGAUGGUAAAAACAGACAGUGUGUCCCAUAAGCCGGAGAAGGCUGACCCUGUUCCUGUUCCUGGUCCCGCUGAUGCCCCUCCUGCCCCCUCCUCCGCUUCAGUCCAAGCUACACCUCCGGCCAAGAGCGCCAGCCUCCCCCCUUCUGCAUCCCCUCCGCAGGCCGCUUCUGCUGAAGCUGGACAAGGCUUGAAAGCGCAAAGGCCGCCACUGGUUGAGGGUACAGGCGCCAAGGAGGAGUAUGGUUACAUUGUCACCAACCACAGUCAUCUGAGUUUGUAUGAAGGAGUGAAGCUGUUGGAGCUACUGGCUGACAAGAUUCACCUGACAACGAGCAGCUUUAUCAACAUCAGUGUGGUGGGUCCUGCGCUGACGUUCCGUAUCCGCCAGAAUGAACACAACAUGACGGCUGCAGAGGUGGCUGCUAAAGCUGUAUCUGAAAAGAACUUCCUGGAGUCUGAGACAGGCCUGAAGAUUAAACAGGCUGGUGUGGGAGAGAGGACAGAUGCACGGGGUCUCCCUCAGGUAACCAGGGUUUCCCAGGGCUCCAGUGGGACAGUCAUCACCCUUGUUUCCAUGGCAGUCGUAGGAGGCGUGCUGGUAUUGGCCAUGGCUGUAGCUUGUCUCAGGCACUAUGCUCAACAAGUCGCCAAUGGCAAGCUUGGCCUGGGGCCAGAGGGAGGGGCAGAAACACACUUUGACUACCAGGAGCUAUGUCGGCAGCACAUGGCAUCCAAAUCCCCCCUGUGUCGCCAGGACUGUUUGGCCGGGGUGAGUGGCAGCAUGGCGGGGUCCGCCGUAGGCACAGGUGCCGGCGGUCGAAGGGGCACAGACACGUCCCGCGUCAGCAGCGUUUCCUCCCAGUUCAGUGAUGGUCCCCAGCACAGUCCGUCUUCCACCCACAGCUCCACCCCAUCCUGGAGCGAAGAGCCAGCCCAGUCUAACAUGGACAUCUCUACUGGCCACAUGAUACUGGCAUACAUGGAGGAUCACCUGCGUAAUAAGGACCGCCUACAGAAGGAGUGGGAAGCUUUGUGCUCCUACCAGGCUGACCCCAGUUCAGUAGCUGUGGCUCAAAUCCCGAGCAACAUGGACAAAAACAGACACGCUGAAUCACUCCCCUAUGAUCACUCUCGGGUGAAGCUGAAGACUGAAGUAAACCCCAAUAAACAAGAUUACAUCAAUGCCAGCGUCAUUGUCGAUCAUGACCCUCGCCAGCCAGCCUAUAUCGCCACACAGGGGCCGCUGCCUCACACUGUUGCUGAUUUCUGGCAGAUGGUGUGGGAGAACGGCUGCACAGUGAUAGUGAUGAUGGCAGCUCUGGUGGAAGACGGAGAGAAACAGUGCGAGCGAUACUGGCCUGAUGAGGGCUCAUCACUCUACCACAUCUAUGAGGUGAACCUGGUGUCAGAGCACAUCUGGUGUAAGGACUUCUUGGUGCGUAGCUUCUACCUGAAGAACGUCCAGACGCAGGAGACCAGAACCUUGACGCAGUUUCACCUGCUAAGCUGGCCGGCUGACGGCAUCCCCACCUCCACGCGGCCACUGCUCGACUUCCGUAGGAAGGUCAAUAAAUGCUACAGAGGUCGUUCCUGCCCAAUCAUCGUUCAUUGCAGUGAUGGCACUAGCAGGACUGGCACAUAUAUACUUAUUGACAUGGUGUUGAACCGCAUGGCCAAGGGAGUGAAGGAGAUUGACAUCGCAGCCACACUGGAGCACAUCAGAGACCAGAGACCAGGAUUGGUCCGCACUAAGGACCAGUUUGAGUUUGCACUGACAGCAGUAGCUGAGGAGGUGAAUGCCAUCUUGAAAGCCCUGCCACAGUGAGCUGCAGCAGCUGAGGACACAAAUAACUACUCAUGAGGACACACUCGUACCAUCUGGUCAUAUAUGUCUGGCAAUCACUGUAAAUAAGAAUUUGCUCAACCACACUUGAAGCAGUUACUGCUCUUGUUUUCAGCAUGCGGUAUUUCACCAUCUACUCAUUCUCUUUUAAAACAUUUUGGAACUUAAUUUUAUGAAAAAGAAUCCAAAAUGAUUUUUAGCAGGAUGUAAACAUGAACAGAAGAUCAAAUUGUUUACAUCAUCAUGGCACAACGUUGAUCUCUGUCUUUGCUGAUUGAUUUCUAAUUCAGUAGAAACCAACGAGGCAAUCAGAUGUGAACUACAAAGUACAGUGAGGAAAAUAAGUAUUUGAACAUCCUGCUAUUUUGCAAGUUCUCCCACUUAGAAAUCAUGGAGG